UCUGUGCUGCUUGAUGGCUCGUACAUGCCCUCCUUUUGUUGACUAAUGCGGCAGGGCAAAAGAGAGGCAUUUAAAAAAAGAAAGGGGAUUUGAAAAAUAAUAAAGGGAAUCCACAGACGCGUGGGAUGGAAAAUCAUCCGGGAUCUUUGUGCACCAACCCUCAUUGUCAUCCCUGCCUUAGCUUUAUGCAUGCGUACCUACCCCCAUACCAUGAUGCCGGCUGCUGAUGCUGUCUUGUGAUGCUUGAGUGGAGGCCACGGCGUGCUGAAUGAGAUGCAGGCUAAAUCAUAGGACUUAGUCCAAGAAGGGUUCAUUUGUGUGUGAGCUCUACUAUCGGAGAAUGCAGAGGGUGAGGGAAUCGAUGGAGAAAGAGAAAAUGGGCGAUCAGAAUCAGUUUAAGAGGAGGUUGAGAGUGUGUGUGGCAACAUGCAACCGAGCAGACUACUCCAAGCUGGCCCCCAUCAUGUUUGGCAUCAAAGCACACCCUGAGGAGUUUGACCUGGAGGUUGUGGUGCUUGGUUCACAUCUCAUCGAUGACUAUGGGAACACUUUUCGCAUGAUCGAGCAGGAUAACUUUGACAUCGGCUCCAAGCUCCACACCAUCGUGAGAGGAGAGGAUGAGGCAGCCAUGGUGGAGAGCGUCGGGCUGGCACUGGUGAAACUCCCUGAUGUCCUGCAGAGGCUGCGCCCUGACAUCCUGAUCAUCCAUGGUGACCGUUUUGAUGCACUCGCCCUGGCGACUGCUGCAGCACUGAUGAACAUUAGAAUACUUCACUUGGAGGGUGGAGAGGUGAGUGGUACGAUUGAUGACUCGAUCCGCCACGCUAUAAGUAAACUGGCCCAUUACCACGCCUGCUGCACACCCCGGGCGGAGCAGUACCUCAUCGCCAUGUGUGAGGACCACUCUCGCAUCUUGCUGGCUGGCUGCCCUUCUUAUGAUAAGCUGCUGUCAACUCAUCAAAAAGGCGACUACAUGGAUAUUAUCAAGAGCUGGCUGGGUGACAAGGUGCAGAGACAUGAUUAUGUCGUGGCUUUGCAGCACCCAGUCACCACAGACAUCCAGCACUCCAUAAAGAUCUAUGGACUAAUGCUGGAUGCCCUCCUCUCCUUCAACAAGAAGACCCUCAUCCUCUUCCCUAAUAUUGAUGCCGGCAGUAAGGAGAUGGUGCGUGUGAUGAGGAAAAAGGGCAUCGAGCAGCACCCCAACUUUCGAGCGGUGAAGCACAUUCCCUUUGAGCAGUUCAUCCAGCUGGUGUGCCACGCCGGCUGCAUGAUCGGAAACAGCAGCUGUGGCGUGCGAGAGGCAGGGGCCUUCGGCACCCCCGUCAUUAACCUGGGAACCAGGCAGACUGGCAGAGAGACAGGUGAAAAUGUUCUACAUGUCAGGGAUGCUGAUACUCACAAUAAGAUCUACCACGCUCUGGAGCUGCAGUUUGGGAAGAGAUACCCCUGCUCUAAGAUUUAUGGCGAUGGCAACGCCGUGCCUCGUAUUCUCAAAUUCCUGCACACCAUUGACCUGGACGAGCCCCUCCAGAAGACCUUCUGUUUCCCGCCGGUGAAAGACCCCAUCUCCCAAGACAUCGAUCACAUCCUGGAGACACAGAGCGCUCUUUCCGUUGACCUGGGAGGGACCAACCUCAGAGUGGCUAUCAUCUGCAUGAAGGGUAAGAUAGUCAAGAAGUACGCUCAGCCCAACCCAAGGACCUUUGAGGCCAGAAUGCAUCUCUUAUUAAAGAUGUGCUCUGAUGCCAUGCGGGACGCUGUGAACCUCAACUGCAGAAUACUUGGUGUUGGAGUGUCCACAGGUGGACGUGUAAAUCCACAAGAAGGUGUGGUCUUGCACUCAACAAAGCUGGUCCCGGAAUGGUCCUCGGUGAACCUGAGAACACCCAUCUCUGAUGCCCUGCACCUCCCCGUCUGGGUCGACAACGACGGCAACUGCGCCGCGUUGGCUGAGAAGAAGUUCGGUCAUGGCAAAGGAGUGGAGAACUUUGUGACCAUCAUCACAGGAACAGGUAUUGGAGGCGGAAUCAUCCAUAACAGUGAGCUGGUCCAUGGCAGCUCCUUCUGCGCCGCAGAGCUGGGUCACAUCAUGGUUUCCUUAGAAGGCCCAGAGUGUUCAUGUGGCAGCCAUGGAUGCAUUGAGGCCUACGCGUCCGGCCAGGCCCUGCAGAGAGAGGCCAAGAGGCUGCACGACGAGGACCUGCUGAAGGUGGAGGGGAUGGAUAUGAAGCUUUCUGAGCCUAUCACUGCUGCCCACCUCAUCAGCGCAGCCAAACUGGGGAACUCAAAAGCCAACGCUGUCCUGAACAGGGCCUGCACAGCUCUCGGCGUGGGCAUUGUCAACAUCCUCCACGUAGUGAACCCGUCACUGGUGAUUCUGUCUGGAGUCUUGGCCUCUUACUACGAGUCUCCUGUGCAGCACAUCAUCACUGAGAGAGCCCUCGUCUCUGCCCAGAGCAUCAAAGUUGUCACAUCAGACUUGGAGGAACCUGCAUUACUUGGAGCUGCCAGCAUGGUGUUGGACUAUGCAACUAGAAGAACAUAUUGAAGGAAAUAGUCUUGAUUUGCUUAGGACCGAUACCAAAAACAGCAAAGCAAGACUGAAAGGAAAGUAGUACCUGUCACGCCUAGAUAUAUAUAUAUAUAUAUAUAGAUAGGAUACAUUUUAUAGAGUGAAUGAAAAUGUAUCAUUGUUAAGGAAAAAUCUAAUAUUUUAUAUAUUCUUAUUUUGUAUGUCCUAAUUGUUCAUAACCUGGAUGAGUUAGUUACUGUUUUACUUUUGUUUUCCACAAAAUUGCAUACUGUCACGUCUGUGAGAAUCACGCCUUGACUGGGUCAAAUGUUAGGUUGGUAAACUGCAUGUUGGAAACGUUAAAAGAAAAAGUCCCAGGGCUAGAAUCCACCUCAAAUCCAUUUUCAAGCCAAAAUGACCCAUUCAAGACAGGACUUUCCCACUUUACUUGUAAUGUGAUUUCUCACAGAGAGGUCAGCUAAGAAAUGGGAACACUUGUUUCAGAUGUGACCAAAACUGUUGCUGAAACAUGCCCCUGUAUCAUCUACUCUGUUCUCUCUACAUGCUUUUCUCACUUUUCUGUAAGUCCUGUAUGGAGUAAUUAUCUCUUUUUCAGAUUAAAGAGUUACUGUCCAGUUA